AUGAGAACCUUCCUCAUCGCCCUUCUGUUCUCUGUCUCCGAUGUGCGCGCCGGAAGCGUCGGAAGUAAGUUUCGCGCCCGGAGAGUUUCAUUUUCCUUCAUUUCCCCCCACUUUCAGUGUGUCGAACCGAGUGCAUCGAGCAGAAUGCGCAGAAAAUAGUGCGAGUGCAUCUGAAGGUUGUGUCCGCCCACGCGUGUUCUCAUCUCUUCUUUUUCAGGAUGAUCUCGUCAUGGCCGGCCUCUGCAGUAACAAGUCCGACUCCUCGGGCUCAGUCGUCACUCCGUACGUUUGCCAUCGAAAUGUCGGCCUCUGGAGCCUUGACGAACUCGUGAGCUGGAGAACCGUGUGCUUUUCCCCACGUCAUCUGCUAGUUUCAGGACGAGGAGGGAGUGGCUCCGUUCGAGAAAGAGUGCCCGACGCCCGAGCAGUUCUCCUCGGAGCUCCGUGCCACGUGCCGAAGGUUCAGGAGAAUCAGGACAGCCCGCCGCAAAAAGUGA